GGGAUCCCGACCACUAUAUAAGAUGAGCUGGGAUAGAACCAAGCUCAUCUCGCACCUUUCCCUUCUUCGAGAAACUUCCUUCUGAUUCGCUUUAUCUUUUCUUCAUACCCAUGGAGCACAUGGAGCACCAAGAGGACGAAGGCAGCACGGCACAAUUGAACUCGGAGGGCCAGCAGGGCGAGCCCAGCCAAGAGUUCACGGCGGCAGCGGCGGCAUCUCUACAGGCUCGACAAAGGCGCAGAAUUGCUCAAUUGGAGGAAAAGUUGGAGGUUCUCGAGGCGGGGCGUGCAUUAAAAGAAAGGCAAUCGAACCAAUAUAUGGCUCAAGGAAGGGCGAUCCGGCGUGUGGUCUCUUUGUUCGACAACGUUGAGGAUCUCGUCACCGAAAAUGACCGAAGAUACGAGCUGACUGGUGGUGAUGAGGAAGUCAAUGUAGACCAAGAUCGACUGCAGGUAGGGUACGUCACUCUCACCAAUACCCUGCCAUGGUUCCAUAAAAAGGCCGUAGAGAUGGAGUAUGACGAGUAUGUCCACAUGAUUAAAAUGCUUCGGCAGGGGGCUGACGGCGCCCGAGGUGACGAUACCUCGAAACUCAAGACACUCGUUUCCGAAUGGGUAAACCAAGAAUUCAAGCCAGAACCCCCUGUCGACCCCGACGACAAGCAUUCACGUGGGUUCAUCAACGAUGCAUGUGGUAGGUUGCUCUGCCCAGCAGAAAUUGACUGGAACGACCCAAUCGCAAGGGCAGGUAUUCGAGAUCGCACUGAUGGCCAUAUUGUGACGGAUCUGUCCUUCCCGGCAUUUCUAUAUGACAAGUACACCACCAACCCGGACGAUCUGGAGGAGGGGCUUUUUAAAGGCAAAAUUCUUCUUCAGGCUUACAAAGCUGUAUUCACGUCGCCUUCCUCCGCAAAGGUCAUCGAGGGCGAUGGUGAUGGGGCCGAUGUCAUCCAAAACAACAGACUCGCUAAGAAAUCCGCUGCUGGUGUCAAAGUCAAGAAACACGUAGCGCAGAUCAUCAAGAUGAGAAAAGUUACUCCUCGGUCUAUCGCCUACAUUUCGUGCCAGGUUCGAUUCACACUCUCUUCUGUCACUUCGUGGCGGUCCGUUGAUGGGGAUUUUGAUUACGUUCAAUUUUGGCGCACUAUCGUAGACUUCUUCGAACGGGCCCCUGGUCGAGAAGCCCAUCGUAGGGUCGACAGACUCCUGGAGUGGUGGACGAGGAAAGUUUUUGGAAGGAACUACCGUGACGACAUCAGUACUGCAGCAAAGGAAAACAUGUCUGUCAAUGCCCUUGCAAGGCAGAGAGCACAGCGUGACGACCUCACUUUUGAUUCACCCUGAACUCUGUCGCUCGCUUACAAUUGUAGUGUGCUAGUACAUACUAUUAUUCUCUAUCAAUAUAAUAUCAUAAUAAUUGUUUUUUGUGGAA